AUGGCGAAGGAUCGCCCGACGACGGUAGAGAAGCGCAACAAGUCGUGGUCCGAUCCCGCGACCGCACACGAAGAGGCGUCGGCUGUGCCCGGCGUUGAGGAUGAAGUGCAGGAAUUGCGGGAUGAACUCGCGGAGGAGGUGCGCGGGUUGAAGAAGGCGAAACAUAAAAAGGAUCAUGGAGAGAAGCGCAAGUUCUACGCGAUGCGCCGAUUCCUGUUCCCCUUUGGCCUAUUUCUGGGCUCGCUCCUCGUCAUUGGAUUUUCGCAUCAUGAAGAUCUACAUCUACACGAGAUGCCCGCACACCUCGCGCUCCUGCUCAACAACUACGAUAUCUCACUCUCACUACCAUCCAUGGAAUCUAUGGGCCUCGACUUUUCGCGUCUAGAGGAAGAAUGGACCCGUCUCACGUCUCAGAUCCCGGAACCUUGGAAACUCAAUAACGACGGACGAGAGUUCAAAGUCGGCGAAACGUUACUCGCUCGCGGGCUCAAGGCACAACAUCCCGUCGUAAUGAUCCCAGGCGUGAUCUCCACCGGUCUUGAAUCAUGGUCGACUUCACCAGAGUACCGCCAGUUCUUCAAACAGCGCGUCUGGGGAGGCUUCAGCAUGCUCACCCAGGUCACCUUCAACCGCGAGAAGUGGAUGACGGCGAUGUUGCUGGACCCUGUGACGGGUUUGGAUCCUCCUGGCGUCAAAGUGCGCGCGGCGGAGGGCCUGGAUGCUGCUAGCAGCUUCAUUCAAGGCUAUUGGAUAUGGUCGAAGAUAAUCGAGAACCUCGCCGUCGUGGACUAUGACACAAACAACAUGUACCUCGCCGCAUACGACUGGCGCGUCAGCAUGUACAACCUCGAAGUCCGCGACGCGUACUAUUCGCGCUUGAAGAGCACCAUCGAGCUGUUCAAGAAGAAGUCCGGCAAGAAGGUCGUUAUCGCGUCGCACUCUAUGGGCGCGACCGUGUACUUGUACUUCAUGAAAUGGGUCGAGCAUCCAGAACACGGUGGCGGUGGACCGACAUGGGUCGAGGACCAUAUCGACUCUUGGAUCACUGUCUCCGGAACGCAUCUGGGUGUAGCAAAGGCGAUGUCUGCAUUUAUGAGCGGCGAGAUGAAGGACACCGUGCAGAUGAAUCCUGCCGGCGAGUACGUCCUUGACAGGUUCUUCUCGAAACAAGAGCGUCGCAGGCUCUUCCGUAGUUGGGCCGGUAGCGCCAGCAUGUGGAUCAAGGGCGGCGAUGUAAUCUGGGGCAACGGCACCCAUGCACCCGACGACCCAGACGGUAGCGCCCUCUCCCACGGCUCCCUUGUCUCCUUCCGCGAAGGCGCCGGCGACAUCUCCCCCGGCCUCCUCGCAUCAGAGAAUGACACCGCAGCCAAACGCAAGUUCACCCAACCCUACGUCUCUCCCACAAACAUGACCGCCACCCAAGCUGGUGCAUGGAUCUUGGAGCAUACGCCCACGAGUUUCCAGAGAAUGAUGGAGACGAACUAUUCGAAUGGGAUCGAGUAUGAUGAGGAAAAGUUGAAGGAGAACGAUGAUGAUCCCAGGAUGUGGUCGAAUCCGCUUGAGUCGAGGCUCCCGUAUGCUCCGUCUAUGAAGAUCUACUGCGUGUAUGGUCACGGAAAGGACACCGAGCGAUCAUACUUGUACAAAGCCGGCGUAUACGAGCAAGACGAAGUCUUCGCAGACGCCGGCGACGCCGUCUGUGGAACUGGUAUCGACUGUGACGGUCAGACUCCCCGCUCACCGCUUGAUCUACCGCUGUCGCGUGACAACACGAUCGACAAGGACUUUACGGUCGAAGAUAGUGUGCCGCGAAUACAGAACGGUGUGAAGAUCGGUGAAGGUGAUGGGACGGUCUCGCUGAUGAGCAUGGGCGCGAUGUGCGUGGGCGGGUGGAAGCACAAGCGCUGGAACCCCGCAAACAUCCCCGUCAUCACUGUCGAGCUCCCUCACAAGCCAGUUUCGACAAUACCCCGCGGCGGUGCCAAUACAAGCGACCACGUCGACAUCCUGGGCUCGCAAGGCGUGAACGAGAUGAUAUUGAAAGUUGCCGUCGGAGCUGGAGAUGAGAUUGAGGAUUCGUAUGUGUCGAGGAUACGCGAGUAUGUCAGAAGGAUCGCUUGGGAUCCUUGA